AUGCAGACUUCACUCGCUCUCGCUGCCCUAGCCGCAGUUGCCUAUGCCAUCCCGCAAGGAGUCACUACAAACAUCACUCCCACCUCCAGCGCCCCUGCCGGAUUUUCCCCAGACUACAGUGGCCAAUUCGAGAUCUCCAUCUACAAGACCUCUGCCAAGCGUUCCUUGACCGAGCGUGCUUCCACCUGCGGACAACCGGGCUAUCUCACCCUCACACUUGCUGGGGGCCAACUCAAAGACGCCCAAGGCCGAACCGGAUACAUCGCAGCCAACUACCAAUUCCAGUUUGAUGCUCCUCCUCAAGCCGGAGCCAUCUAUACUGGUGGUUUCUCUGUCGGUUCAAACGGUUCUCUCGCUCUCGGUGGCUCGGCUGUCUUCUAUGAAUGCCUGAGCGGAACCUUCUAUAACCUGUACGACCGCUCAUGGGCCGCUCAAUGCGAGCCCAUCCUCAUCGGCGUCGUUCCCUGCGGUACCGUCGGCCAGCAAUCUGAUGGGCAGCCAACUGGCACCCCCGGGCCCAAGCCAGUCACCCAGAUCUCUGAUGGGCAGCCACAAGGAACAUCCGCUGUCCCAGUGCCAGUCUCCGAGUUCACUGACGGCCAACCUCAAGUCAUCACCGUCUUACCCAAGCCACCCGUCACCCAGAUCUCCGACGGACAAAUCCAAGCCCCAACUGCUACCGGCAAGCCCGUCACCCAAAUCUCCGACGGGCAGGUUCAAGCACCUUCUGCCACUGGCAAGCCCGUCACUCAGAUCUCUGAUGGACAGGUCCAAGCUCCUUCAGCUACUGGCAAGCCCGUCACCCAAAUCUCAGACGGACAGGUCCAGGCUCCUACCACGGCUCCUGCUGUCGUAACUCAGAUCUCAGACGGCCAGAUCCAAGCCACUGGUGCUGCCAACGCAACCAAGUCCCCUAUCCCCUUCACUGGUGCUGGCAACGCAGUUGUUGCGUCGUCCUUCGCUGCAUUCCUUAUGGGUGCUGCUGCCAUGCUCCUCCUGUAA